CAAAAAAUUUCACACAUUAUUAUCAUUAUUGUUUUGAACUUUACCUGUUGGAUUCUUGCUUGAUUUGCGAGGGACAGAUGCAAUCAAUCUUUGCGUGGACGAACAGUGAAUUUGAAUUAAAUUGCAUUAUUUAUUUAUUAAUUUAUUUAUUUUUGUGGUGGUUCGAUGAGGUGAUGACAAGGUGUUCGACCUUUUGCCGCAAAGAAAAAAAAGUUCCCCAUUUGAACAUAAGCCCCCUAAAAGCAUCUUUCUUUUUGCCCAAUUCAUCCAUUGUUAAAUUUUCCACUUAGUUCUUGUUUCAUUUAUGCUUAAUUUUCAAUCUUCCCACCUAAUCCUAGAGUUAUUAUAUCUACUGACUACUGCUAUUAAUCUGUUUCUCUCUCUAGGAAAAACACACACAGAAUGAACAGUGUUCUUAUCUAGCUUUAAUUGGUUUCCACUUUACCAUCCAUCAUCAAUACUGGAGUCUUUGUCAGAGAAUGAGUGGCUGGGAAGGCUUCUAAGUCAGUCUUUCUGCUUUUACAUUUAUCAGAAUCUGAAUGUUUCUCACACUUCUGUGUAGCUCAGCUCUUCAGAAGAGGAAAUGUAGUGAAACAUUGCCAAGUGUCGAAGAUUAAAGUAGAUUGUCGAUUUUCGGGAGCGGAUUGAAGUGAAGUUAACUGUUUUAUAGGCUUGAAAAAGAGUUGGGGGGAUCGGUGAUUUGGAUUUACUACUCGUUGUUUUGAUGGAACAUUCGUCGUUUUUGGGAUCUUCGAAAAGGGCUAAAGCUCCGGCGAGCAUGGCUCAAGUUGCUCAUUGCUUGGUCGACGGAUGUAAUGCCGAUUUGAGCUUGUGUCGAGAAUAUCACCGGCGUCAUAAAGUCUGUGAAAUUCACUCGAAGACGCCUAAGGUCGCGAUUGCCGGCCGAGAGCAGCGAUUCUGCCAACAAUGCAGCAGGUUCCAUUCUCUCGUAGAAUUCGACGACGAGAAGCGAAGCUGCCGGAAACGACUCGACGGGCACAACCGGCGGCGGAGGAAGCCGCAGCCCGACACCGCCGUCUCCCGAAACUCGGGACUUAUUUUCUCCGGCCGCCAAUCCACCACCGGCGCGGCGGUGCAGCUCCUGUCCUUCGCCAAUCCUCACAUGCUCCCGGCCCCCGUCGCGGGGCCCACUUGGCCGUCACCGAUCGUGAAAACCGAGCACGAUAUCACGCCGUUCAGCCACAGCUACGGUCAGCACAUGAAUUACUUCGACGGCCGAUCGAGCGCGUUCCCGGAAUGCUCGUCGCAAUUUCGAUUCAUUCAAGGCGGCGAUGCCGCCGUCCGUCUCGAGCCGAACGUUACGUCGUCGUCGUCGACGUCGGGAAGUUGCUCUAACCGUGCUCUCUCUCUUCUGUCAUCGGCGCCACCAUCAUCCUCGUCGGAAUUCUGUAAUAAUGACGACGCCCUGCUCCCGGCCCCCAUGGCUCACCUCAACUUGCAGUUCAGCCACGGCGACAUUUGUCAGAAUCCGGCGGCCGGAAAAAGCAAGGCCCCCUUUGGCUCCGGUGGCAGCUCCGGCAGCGGAAAUGGCCUGAGCUUGUCGGAAAUGUUCGAGCCGGAAGGGCCGGCGACGGCAACGUCGAGUGGGCCCCAUCAAACUCUGAGUUUCAUGUGGGAGUAGAAGUAAUAUUGAUUUGUGUGUAUAUAUAUAUGUAUGUAUUUUUUUACAGGGCAUGUUGGUGUGAUUCUAUCAUCAUCGACAUCGUACUUGUAAUGUUUUGACGAGAAGCUGAUGAACGAACUGCUGCUAUUUCUUCUA